UGUUGGAUCAGUCCACCAAGGCUAACGUCCCUCUCUUCCUCCCCCAGCCCUUCAGGUGUUGUUGGAUCAGUCCACCAAAGCUAACUCUCCUCUAAAGGGACAUGAGAGGACGGUGCAGUACCUCCAGAGACUGGGGAUGGAGAAUCUGGUCAUUAUCUUUGAGUUCUCUCCCUGGGUUCUGAAGAUCUGUCCUGAGGACGGACUCAAGAUCUUUACUGAAGACCUGACGGAAGUAGAGACCCUUCCCAGAGACAAGGUCCUGAACUUCCUGAGGGAGGGGUUUAAGGAGCUGGCUGUCCCCUACCUGGAACACAUCAUACACGUCUGGGAGGACACGGGACCUGAGUUCCAUAACGUCCUCAUUCAGCUGUACCUGGAGAGGGUCCAGGGGCUCAUGAAGCAGUACCUCAACGCCCUGCCUGAGGGGGUUCCUGCAGUGGCUGCUGGGAAGGAAGAGGGGGACCUGGGAGAGUUUAGGCACAAGCUUCUGUGUUUCCUGCAGGUCUCUACCAGCUACGAGCCUGGACGACUUAUCAGCGACUUCCCCUUUGAUGGUCUUCUGGAGGAGCGGGCCCUGCUGCUGGGUCGGAUGGGGAAACAUGAACAGGCCCUCUUCAUCUACGUACACGUCCUGAAGGAUACACACAUGGCAGAGGAGUACUGUCAUAGGCAUUAUGACAAAGGGACGGACAGAAACCAAGAUGUGUACCUGUCUGUUAACCCAGUGGCGUUAUGA